AGUGCUAUUAAAUGUGGUGCAAUGUUAAAUUUUACCAUUAUUGCAAGAUCAGGUGGUCAUUCUCUUGAAGGUUAUAGUAUUGGAGAUAGAGAUUAUGUGGCAACACAAACUGCUAUAAUUGAAACAGGAAAUACUCUGGAUACACUAUUUCGUAGUUUGAAUGAGCAUGUAUUUGCUUUUCCAAGUGGUGAAUGUUCUACACUUGGUGCCGGCAUUAUUUUGGGUGGUAGUUAUAGAUAUUUAAUGCGAAAAUUUGGAAUAUCAUCUGAUAACAUUCUUGAUGCUCAAAUUGUCUUAGCAAAUGGAACAAUAGUUAAUCAUGCUAAAGAAUAUCCUGAUCUUUUUUAG